AUGAAAGUCGGAGACGGAAAAUUAUUAGGCCCUGAGAUCGUGCAAAUAACAAGCGAUAAAAUCCAACUCAUCCAGCAACGAAUUCACACUGCUCAGAGUCGCCAGAAAAGCUAUGCAGAUACACGGAGACGAGACUUAGAAUUUCAAGUGGGCGAUCAUGUGUUCCUAAAGAUCUCACGAACGAGAGGAGUUAUCCGAUUUGGAAAACGAGGAAAGUUAAACCCACGUUACAUCGGCCCAUUCGAGAUACUUGAAAGAAUUGGUUCUGUGGUAUAUCGCCUUACUUUUCCACCCGAACUGUCCAAUGUGCAUAAUGUGUUUCACGUUUCGAUGCUUCGUCGAUAUCUUCGAGAUCCAGAGCAUGUUAUUGAUCAUGAGAACCUAGAAAUUCAAGAAGACCUCUCUUAUGAGGAGCAACCUGUACAGAUUCUUGAUCACCGUGACCAGGUCCUCCGAAAUAAGACUAUACCUCUCGUAAAAGUCUUAUGGAGAAACCAUCGUGUCGAAGAAGCAACGUGA